AUGGAUCGCAUUCGAAGAGUCUUCCACUCCGAGCAGCCCUACGAACCCAUCGACGGACAUCGGGAUGGUACAGCAAUCUCAGAGGAUGGCGCAGCAGAUGCGUCUGAGCCGGAAGAGAACCCCUUCUCGCAGGUCGAGUAUUGGACCUUCCUUCUCAUGGGAGUUGCAAUGCUAUGGGCUUGGAACAUGUUCCUCGCCGCAGCCCCAUACUUCCAGUACCGGUUCUCCUCCCACCAAUGGAUUCUUGCCCAUUUUCAGUCUGCCGAGAUAUCCAUUUCCACCAUCACCAAUCUAGGCUCCAUGCUCAUCCUCACAAAGCUCCAGAAGAAUGCUUCAUAUCCCUACCGAAUAGCGUCAUCAUUGUGCAUCAAUAUCAUAUGCUUCACAUUGCUUGCAGUGUCCACGCUUGUCACGACUUCCGCAGAGCUAUAUUUUGGGUUUCUGAUGCUCAUGGUCUUCGGCGCCAGCUUCGCGACUGGCUUGAUCCAGAAUGGUGUUUUCGCAUACGUGGCUGGAUUCGGAAGAAGCGAAUACACCCAAGCAAUCAUGACAGGUCAAGCCGUUGCUGGCGUUCUUCCUUGCCUGGCUCAGAUCGGCGCGGUCCUUGCGGUGCCCGGGAGGAACCAACAAAGUCCCAAUCAAGCACCCACUGAAUCACCCACAUCAGCAUCCGCCUACUUCCUCACCGCAACGGCUGUCUCGGUCAUUGCUCUACUCGCCUUCCUCUACCUCCUCCGCCGCCGACGCAGGACUACCCUCUCACGAAUCAUCCAACCACCUGCAACCAAAUCCACUACCAACGAUACCUCCGGAGGCCACAUCACCUCCCCGAUCAUCAACAACCCCCCCUCGCCAAGCCCCGAGGAGCGCAAACCCGAACCCAUUUCCAAACCAGCAAUCCCACUGACGCGUCUCCUCCGCCUCCUCCCCAUUUUCUCCGCCGCCGUCUUCCUAACCUUCGCCCUAACCAUGAUCUUCCCUGUCUUCACCAUCCGGAUCCACUCCCUCAACCCGCAUCUGCUCCCCUCCGCGCUCUUCAUCCCCCUCGCCUUCCUAGUCUGGAACGUAGGCGACCUCCUCGGCCGCCUCCUCACCCUCUCCCCCUCCCUCCGCCUAACCCACCGUCCCUCCCUCCUGCUCACCCUAUCCCUCCUCCGACUCAUCUCUUCAUCCCGCUCUACCUCCUCUGCAACAUCAGCGGGGCCAACGGAGGGCCGAAAGUGA